AUGGAAUCCGCGCGAAGAUCAACAAGGCAAAUCAUUGAAACUAUCUUUACAAAGAGUUUGACAGUUCUCCGUCUGGUGACAGAACUCCUAAAAAGAAAACAGGCAUUUAUUUUAAAACUAGCACUUUUUUUAACAUGGCCAAAGAAAGAAGAGAAUUUACAUUUACAUUCUGAAUUGACAGUGUACGAGGACGAAGAAGACCCCUUUGAAUUAGAAUUCCCAACAAAAAGAAAGUCACCAAGAAGCGGCAAAAGAGAAGCAUUAAUCGAGAUCAAACCGCAAGAAGAGGUAAAGAGAACAAAGAAACUCAGCACAAACAGAAAAAAGAAUGCUUUGACACUCGAGGAAGACGAGGAGGAAAAGUCUCCAACUGAAGGUUCCGUGAAAAAAGAAGAAAAAGAAUCAGAAAUGAAAUCUGGAGGGCUAAAUGUUCCAAUUGUCAUUGAUUUAUCUAAAGAAGAAGAUGAUAAAGAAGAAAUAUUUAGUGGCGAACUAAGUGAUCCUCCUCAUGAUGAUUUUGAAGAGAAGAAUGAUAUUCAUCCCCCGAGUAUUACUUCUAUCGACGCUCGAAAUUCAGCGAUAAACACUGAUAAUAGAGUAGAAGAGCCAGAGCGGAAAGCACCAUCACCUCAUGAAACUAAAUCGGCCCCUUUAUUGUCAAAUGGUAAAGAUGAAGAUGGGUCAGGCCCCGAAAAAGAAGAGGAAGGGGAUGAAGAAGAGGAAGAGGCAAAGGAAGAUAUGGAAGAAGAGUAUAUGGACCAAGAAACGGAGGAAGAGGAUAGUGAUUAUGAUGACAAAAAAUCCAAGAAAUUAGCCAAAAAAUCAAAGUCAGUUUCAACAAGAAGCAGUAAAAACAACGGCAUUAAAAAAUUAAAUGUUGCAAGCACAACGCCUGCAAUAGUCACAAGAACAGUAUCAUCAUCGUCAUCUUCAAAGGAUGAAUCUUUGGUUGAUAGGGCAAUCACCCGUGCACGAAAUAUCGGGUUGAGCAGAAACCGAUCUAGUAGUAAGCGUCAUGGAAAUAAUACAUCACUUAGGGAUAUAUUGAAAAAUUCGGGAGUUAAUAGUGUUCGUAGUGUUCGAAUUGGGCUCUCGAGAAAAUCAAAGAUCGAACCACCUAUCUCAGAUGAUGUUCGCGUAAAUCAGAUCUUCGGGGAUAUAUUAGAGGAUGUAACUGAGCAAGAUUCUGAAAUUCAGUUGGAACACAUUAACAAACUUCCAAACCAUAAUUCAUCGCCAUCUUCCCUGAUAAUAUCACCAUCCACAAUAACGACUCCAUCUGUAUCAGAAACCAACAACAAUGAUAGUGGCAAUGAUAAUCUGUUAUCUGAGAUCCCCAAUACCAUCAAUUCAACCGCACAAUCAUCAGCAUCAACACAAAAUACUGCCACAGAUGAUAACCGAUUUAUCGUAGUGUUAAAAAAAAAUAACACCACCAGCUCAAAACUCAUGAAGCAUUUAAAAUGGAUUCAAAGUAUCUCAGCUAAUGAAUCGAUCAACUCACAUUUGGCCUCGAAUUUAACAUCCAUUGGAAAAUUUUCAUGGUAUGCUGGAGUGUUUGAUGAUCAUACACUGGACCAAAUUAACUCCAGUGAUGUUAUCCAAUAUAUCACACCAGAUAUUAUGGUGAAAUCUUAUCAUAAUAUCGAAAUAAACCCGCCUAGUUGGGGCCUGUCUCGGAUCACCAAAAAAUCACUUCCUCUUGAAAAUAAAUAUCAUUUUCCAGAUAAUGCUGGUCUAGGUGUAAAUAUCUAUGUGAUUGACACUGGAAUAAACACGGAUCAUAAUGAUCUCGAGGGUCGAGCCUCAUUUGGCACCGCAUUUUUGGGUAAUCUUAGCGAGCAACGCGAUUUAAAUGGUCAUGGAACAUUUGUGGCAGGAGUUCUGGUCGGUAAAUAUUUUGGUGUAGCCAAAAAAGCAAAUGUUAUUUCCGUGCGAGCGUUACAACCCGAUGGUUCCGGUCGUUUGAGUACUGUGUUACAAGCAAUUGAUUGGGUUAUUAAACGGCACAAUAACUCCACGACUAAAAAAACUAUCAUAAACCUAUCAUUGGGCGCUGAAUAUAAUGCAGCGACAAACGAAGCUAUCCAAAAUGCAAUGGAUUUGGGUAUUCAUUUCACGAUUGCUGCCGGAAAUGAAGGAAAAGACGCGUGUCAAUUUUCACCCGCAUCUGCACAAGGCGCGUUGACGGUCGGUGCUACAAACAAUGAUGACACGAUUGCUAAAUACUCGAAUACCGGAAGUUGCGUUGAUAUAUAUGCUCCAGGAACAAAUAUUAUCUCAAUUUGGAACACUUCAAAAUCUGCUACUCAUAUGUUGUCAGGCACCUCGAUGGCCAGCCCACAUGUCGCAGGUGUGAUGGCAAUAUUGUUAUCCCAAGGGAAUUACACACCAUCCGAACUUGUGGAGAAAAUAAAAGGUAUGGCCACGGUUUGCACAUCUUCGAAUUUUGAGUUACCAGUCACGCUUGUUCUCUUGGAUGAGGAUCCCCUAUUCGAAGGAAACCGUAAGACUCUUGGGUUUCUACGAUGA